GGGCAAGCAUCUUUUGACAUCCUCUUGCGUCUCACAAACAUCCACUUUCAACACUGGAUAGGAUAUUCUGCAACACCGUUUCUGAGAGUCCUCAUAUUCUGUUGAGAGUGCAGCGUUAUAACUCAGGAGUAUAGAGCAAAUAGCUGACUUGUUUAGAAUAGAAAAGUAUCAUGUUUAAUUCAGCUCUGGUAUCUGAUCCAUCUGAUGGAACUUCAAAAAGGUUUUCAGUUCCUAUUGUUCAGGAAUUGGCAUCUCAGAACCUUCGCAACCUUCCACAAAGGUAUAUCAGAUCAGAGAAAGAGCGCCCAAAUGCCUUUCCUCUUCAUCAUUUGGACAUUCCCAUAAUUGAUAUGGAUAUGUUUUGGGGAGAUUCAGAUCUCUGUAGGCAAAAGGAAUUAGAAAAACUUGGAAUGGCAUGCCAGGAAUGGGGAUUUUUUCAGGCUGUGAAUCAUGGAAUUCCUGUGUCUCUGACUGAAAGGAUGAAGGGAAUUGUAAGGGAAUUCAUUCAACUACCUUUGGAAGAAAGGCUCAAGUACAAAAAGCAAGAGCGUGAAGGCUAUGGCCAGAGCUUUGUGGCCACAGAUGAUCAAAUACUGGAUUGGGCAGAUACCAUUCACUUGGCAACUCUCCCUCCAGAGAAAAGAAAAAUGAGCUUUUGGCCAACACAGCCAGCCGAUUUCAGAGAAACUGUGGAUCAAUACGCUGCUGAAACUCAAAAGCUUGGCAAUACAGUUCUUCGCCUUCUAUCAGAGAAUGUUGGGCUAAAACCAGAUUGUUUCAUUAACGCUUGUGGCAAAAUGGGACAGAUGAUGCGAAUGAAUUACUACCCACCCUGCCCAAGACCAGAUCUAGUUUUAGGAAUCAGCCCUCAUUCAGAUGGAAAUGGUUUGACAGUGUUGUUACAGGAUGAUGAAAUCGUGGGACUACAGAUAUGUAAGGAUGGUGAAUGGGUUCCUGUUCAACCCAUCCCUGGUGCCCUGGUUAUCAAUAUUGGGGAUAUGCUUGAGGUAAUCAGUAACGGAAUAUAUAAGAGCAUUGAGCACAGAGCGGUUACAAGCAUUGACAGAGAUCGGAUCUCCAUUGCGAUGUUUUAUGGUCCAAGUAAGGAAACAGAGGUGGGUCCUGUUCCUGAACUCAUAGAUGAGUUGCAUCCCUGUCGAUACAGAAGAUUCAUUCGUGAAGAAUAUAUGCGGCGUUUCUCUUCUGACAAACUUGAUGGGAAGAAGAAUAUUGAAUUUGUCAAAAUCAAGUCAUAACCUUUUUUAUUUGAGUUUGUUCAAUGUUGGAAUAGGUUCAUAGUUAAUAUCGAGAAGGCCUCCAUUUUGUUACAAGAUAUUUGGUAUGAUGGCAAAAUUUAUGUAGUAGACUUUUAUAUGGUGUUGAGUUUAAAUCUUUUUUAAUAUAAAGAAAUAAAGAUCUGCAUUCAAUGUCAUAAAAUUCUAA